AGUAAACAUCUCCGUCGUUUAUAUUCCGAUAAUAAUUUUUUUACCGCGAAAUAGUCGAGAAGCCGGCCAAAAAUUGGUUGCGCGUUUCUAAUUCUAGUGGUUGUUUUUCUUUAAGUGAUUUUAUUAUGGCUCGAGAACAAUAACAUUUUAUAGUUGAGUUUAUUGCGGUUUAACUGAUAUUUGUGAUUAUUGGAUAAAGUGAUUAUAAGAAAAUGGAUAAUUUUUUAAAGGAUACGUGAAAUCACUGAAACACUUCUGAUGUCUGAAACAAUUGGACAUUUUACAUGAUGAAAGAAUUGGAAGUCAAAUAAAAUGAUAAUUGUGACUGUUUUCAACUAUGGCUCCAAGACAGCUGUUCCUGUUAUGCCAGAAACCACUGUUUCGGACAUUAUCGAAUGUUGCAGGGACCCUGGAGAUGAAGCGUGCGAUCUUAUCUGUCCAGAAAUUCAAGAUACACCCUUAAAAGCUACCGAUAAUCCUCUAGAGAUUUUACAGAGAUGGGGCUCUGGCCGUUUGGUUUUACGUUACACAACAUUACGUGCCAAUGGAGAGAUCAGCGAAAAUAGAAAUGGUAUGAAGGAGCCCGAUCAAUUUGGUGAAACGGGCGCUCUUCCAAAACCAGGAAGAUCGGUCAGAGUAAACCCCCCAUACGUUUCACCAACCCCGACAGUUAUUACCAAUAACGGACCCAAUUUCGGUGGUACCGAACGUCUAGUGCACAUCAAUGUUAAAACCGCUGGUCCAAAAAAUAAGGCGAAGGCUGAUCCGCAAGAUGCCGAACUUGAUCCGCGAGGUAGUAACGCGAGACUGGACAAAUUGGUACAGACAUCGAUUGCAACUGAAUGUGAUAAAACGAGACGAAAAAGUGAGGAGAAUCUUCCGACCGAAGAGGAUAGCACGACGAAUAAUUAUAAGGGCGAGAGCCUGUACGAAAAGUUACCAGACGGAGUGCAGUUGACGCUGACCGAGCUGCGCGACAUGGCGUGCAGACAGCAGUCGCAGAUCGACUCGCAGCACCAGCUGCUCGCCGCCAAGGAGCAGCGCCUGCGCUACCUGAAGGAGCAGGACGCGCGUGCGCAACGCGUUCAAGCCGAGAGCGAACGGUUGCGCAGGUUACGCGAUCGCGUCGAGGCGCAGGAAUUGAAGUUGCGCAAGCUGCGCGCGCUCAGAGGUCAGGUGGAUCAUCAGAAACAGAAUAACAUUAGUCUCACAAGUGACCUUGAUUCGAUACGAGCCCUUUUUAAUGAAAAGGAGAAGGAGUUAUCAUUGGCAGUGGCCAAGGUGGAGGAGCUGACGAGGCAACUGGAGGAAUUAAGAAGAGGGAGGACAACUACUAGAGAUCCUCCUCCAGCAUCUGCAUUGGAACUAGAUAAAUUGAGAAGGGAAUUAAUGUAUCGCAAUAAGUUAAACGAACAACAAAAUCAAAGGCUCAACCAGCAACGAGAGGCACUUACGGCAAGGCAGGAGGAAAUGAGCGCCAUCGAUAAACGGAUAUCGGAGCUGCAGGAGCGCUUACAGAGAAAGAGGAUACUCAACCAGCAGCUGGCCAGUCAAAUUAGUGCCGCCUCUCACAAAGCGGCUUACCACCAAUUUGUUAGGUUAACAGGGACAGCCGAGCAAAACAACCAGGCUUUCGCGAGAAGUCAGCACGUUAAUAAUAAUAAUGCAGCAAACGGCCUAUUAAGAAGUAAUAUUGCGGCAGUUGAACCUUAUAAUCAUGUACCUUUGCAACAGAACCAACAAAUGCGGCCAAAUCAAACACAAGAGCAUAUCGCAUAUCAUCCCGCAUAUCAGCCUAAUAACCAACAUAUCAAACCAGAAUCGAAUCCAAACAUCAACGAUGCUCAAGAUCUGGCCAAUAAGAUGGCCAACGUUUACUUGCCAAGAACGGACCUUAUGGAGGAGAACCUCAAGGAAUUUCCAGUAUCAAAAUCCGAUCCGAAAUAUCAAACUUUGCCAUAUAACACCAAGUUUACCGUCAAUUUGUUGACAAGCAGCAAAAACUUGAAAGGUGAAAACAACGUUAGCGAGAAAGAUGACAAUAACUACAUAUCAAACAAUUUCAAUAAUAAUAUGAAUAGUGUUAUACAGGCUUCGCAUAUGAUGGCACAUAGUGCUCCACUGACUCAGGUAAACAAGAAUAUAGCGACGCCGCUUAACCAACACGACCUACUGACCCGAAAAAGUAGCGACAGCAAAGACCAAAAUUUAUUCUCAAACGGUGUCAGUAAUAACAAAGAGGACCUAAUACUCAAAUCCAGCAAGUUCCAGAAUGAACCUCCAUAUCCCAACAGUUAUGGACCUCCAACGUAUCAGAAGCCAAUUAGUAGUGUUGCACCAACUUCAAUUCACCACACGGGAAUUCCAUCUACGGUAUAUCAAACUUCUUCGAUUAAGGUACAACCGGUUGAGCCUCAAACCACUGCGAAGACCAUUAGUUCAGUCCAAUCGCCCCAAGGGUCCAUUUUAUCACCACCGCAGUCCAGUAGUACACCUUUGAGCACCCCUGAGGUAUCUCUGGAUAGUACACCAAAACCAGCUCUGCCACCUAAACCAGCAAUUAAACCACCCCCACGUCUUACUCAGCUGAUCGCCGACGAAACUCACAGCCCCAGACCGCCACCCUUGCCUUUAACCGAACCCCCGGAAGACAAAUCUUCACCACCUCUAGCAGCCAAACCCCCAGCUUCUCUUUUACUCUCUCAAAAACCCCUUUCUAUUGAUCCAAACAAACCCAUACCCAAUUUGCCUCAAGCAUCCGAAAUGAUCAUAAAAGCGAAGCCCUUAAACAUCAAAAAGCAGCCCCUCAGUGAACAGCCCAAGCUUCGCAGCCUCAGCUCCAGCUCAAAACUGAACGGAUUAAUUAUGAAUAGUAAACGGAUCGAAAUGCCCCCGGUGUUCCAGUAUCAGGAAUCGCAGGAGAAGCUGGAAAUCAAGCCGCUUGAAGAGGUAACUCCUAAGGAUGAGACGGACAGAUGUUCCAGGUCUUCGGUAGAUGAGACGAGCAGCGUCGACUCCAAGGAGCCCAAAGACGAGCACAACGUGAUAAGGAGAACGAAAAAGGGCAAUUUGAAACAAACUGGAAAACAAAAUCUCUCCAGGCGGGUUAGUUUUGAUCCACUUGCCCUUCUGCUGGAUGCUAGUCUUGAAGGAGAACUGGAGUUAGUUAAGAAAACUGCCACGCAGGUGACAAAUCCUAGUGCAGCAAACGACGAGGGUAUUACGGCCCUGCAUAACGCCAUCUGUGCAGGACACAUAGAAAUAGUCAAGUUUCUGGUGGAGUUCGGAUGCGACGUGAAUGCGCAGGAUAGCGACGGUUGGACGCCGCUACACUGCGCAGCCAGUUGCAACAAUUUGACCAUGGUGAAGUUUCUGGUUGAGCAUGGGGCGUGUAUCUUUGCUACGACCCUCAGUGACCAUGAAACUGCUGCGGAAAAGUGCGAGGAAGACGAGGAAGGGUUCGAUGGAUGUUCGGAAUAUUUAUAUAGUGUUCAAGAAAAAUUGGGAAUUCUUAACGGAGGCACGGUGUAUGCGGUUUUCGACUAUACGGCGCAACAGCCAGACGAAUUAACUUUCAAGGCUGGACAACAGUUCACCGUGCUACGGAAAGGAGAUGAAAACGAAAGAGAAUGGUGGUGGUCCAAUUUAGGCGAUAAGGAAGGAUAUGUGCCACGAAAUCUUUUAGGGCUGUAUCCAAGGGUCCAGAAAAAUGAAGACAGUAACUAGGGUAUACACGUAACAAAGCAAACAAAUCAAUUAUGUACCUUUUUUCAUAUUUAAAAUACUCUGCUCGCUCUUGCAUUAUUUUUAUAUUUUAUUGUUAAAUCAAACUCAAUUAAGUUGAAAGUAUUGUGCAUGAAACUGCCCUCGACCUUUCUUUCGUUACGGGUGUCUAAAGUAACAAAAGAAUAAGGUAAAAAUAAUCAAUUUUAAAUAAUUAUUAUAAUAAAAUUAUUUGGAUGAAUAAAAAUUAAUUUAUAAUAAUUGUGCCAUUUAGUGACUUUUUAGUUUAAUAAAAUCCACCGUGCACAAUGCUCUUAUACUUAAUAAACAUUUCCUGAGCAUUUUAGUUUUAAAAAUCUUAACUCAAUAUAGUUCUUAUAUUGUUUAAGUUUAAGGUUUGAUCAGGACAUUUCUAUUUUUUCAAAUAUUCAGGAUAUCCUUGUUCUGUACACAUUCUGUAUAUUACCUUCUUGCCCUCAUAAUGUUUUAGUUAUAGGGUUUUAAUAAUUUCACAUUGCACAUAGAGACGAGGUUCAUAUCAACAAGUAAUAAUAUUUAAAAAACUAC